UGCAGUCAAAGAUGUCAACGUGCUGCAUGCCUAACUGAUUUCAACAUGAAAGCCAUUGAAUUUGCACAGUUUUUAUGGCUUCAAAUAUAAACUAGUUAUGCAAAGUGUUAUUUUUCUCCCCUUUUAGGUGGAAUACAUGUUGAUUGACAUGGAUGAGAAAAAUGAAAAGGUUCGUCUUGUUCUCAAUGGUGAGGAGGUUUUGGAAACCCUUCAAGACAAAGGUGAAAAGACAAACCCCAAGUAAGUCAGCUUUUAAAUCUGUUUUGAAAAUGACCAGAUUAUCGGGUUGAGUAUGAAACUUGCUGCGUUGUAUCUGCGUUUCUUAUGUUAAAGGAUAAUCUUUAUUUUUUAAAUCAAAUCAAAUCAAAUUUUAUUGGUCACAUGCGCCGAAUACAACAGGUGCAGACAUUACAGUGAAAUGCUUACUUACAGCCCUUAACCAACAGUGCAUUUAUUUUAAACAAAAAAAGUAAGAAUAAAACAACAACAAAAAAGUGUUGAGAAAAAAAGAGCAGAAGUAAAAUAAAGUGACAGUAGGGAGGCGAUAUAUACAGUAAAAUAAAGUGACAGUAGGGAGGCUAUAUAUACAGGGGGGUACCGUUGCAUAGUCAAUGUGCGGGGGCACCGGCUAGUUGAGGUAGUUGAGGUAAUAUGUACAUGUGGGUAGAGUUAAAGUGACUAUGCAUAAAUACUUAACAGAGUAGCAGCAGCGUAAAAAGGAUGGGGUGGGGGGGCAGUGCAAAUAUUCCGGGUAGCCAUGAUUAGCUGUUCAGGAGUCUUAUGGCUUGGGGGUAGAAGCUGUUGAGAAGUCUUUUGGACCUAGACUUGGCACUCCGGUACCGCUUGCCGUGCGGUAGCAGAGAGAACAGUCUAUGACUAGGGUGGCUGGAGUCUUUGACAAUUUUGAGGGCCUUCCUCUGACACCGCCUGGUAUAGAGGUCCUGGAUGGCAGGGAGCUUUGCCCCAGUGAUGUACUGGGCCGUACGCACUACCCUCUGUAGUGCCUUGCGGUCAGAGGCCAAGCAGUUGCCAUACCAGGCGGUGAUGCAACCAGUCAGGAUGCUCUCGAUGGUGCAGCUGUAGAAUUUUUUGAGGAUCUGAGGACCCAUGCCAAAUCUUUUUAGUCUCCUGAGGGGGAAUAGGCUUUGUCGUGCCCUCUUCACGACUGUCUUGGUGUGUUUGGACCAUGAUAGUUCGUUGGUGAUGUGGACACCAAGGAACUUGAAGCUCUCAACCUGUUCCACUACAGCCCCAUCGAUGAGAAUGGGGGCGUGCUCAGUCCUCUUUUUUUUUCCUGUAGUCCACAAUCAUCUCCUUUGUCUUGGUCACGUUGAGGGAGAGGUUGUUGUCCUGGCACCACACGGCCAGAUCUCUGACCUCCUCCCUAUAGGCUGUCUCAUCGUUGUCGGUGAUCAGGCCUACCACUGUUGUGUCGUCGGCAAACUUAAUGAUGGUGUUGGAGUCGUGCCUGGCCAUGCAGUCAUGGGUGAACAGAGAGUACAGGAGGGGACUGAGCACGCACCCCUGAGGGGCCCCCGUGUUGAGGAUCAGUGUGGCAGAUGUGUUGUUACCUACCCUUACCACCUGGGGGCGGCCCGUCAGGAAGUCCAGGAUCCAGUUGCAGAGGGAGGUGUUUAGUCCCAGGAUCCUUAGCUUAGUGAUGAGCUUAGAGGGCACUAUGGUGUUGAAUGCUGAGCUGUAGUCAAUGAAUAGCAUUCUCACGUAGGUGUUCCUCUUGUCCAGGUGGGAAAGGGCAGUGUGGAGUGCGAUAGAGAUUGCAUCAUCUGUGGAUCUGUUGGGGCGGUAUGCAAAUUGGAGUGGGUCUAGGGUUUCUGGGAUUAUGCUGUUGAUGUGAGCCAUGACCAGUCUUUCAAAGCACUUCAUGGCUACAGACGUCAGUGCUACGGGUCGGUAGUCAUUUAGGCAGGUUAUCUUAGAGUUCUUGGGCACGGGGACUAUGGUGGUCUGCUUGAAACAUGUUGGUAUUACAGACUCAGUCAGGGACAUGUUGAAAAUGUCAGUGAAGACACUUGCCAGUUGGUCAGCACAUGCUCGGAGUACACGUCCUGGUAAUCCGUCUGGCCCUGCGGCCUUGUGAAUGUUGACCUGCUUAAAAGUCUUACUCACAUCGGCUACGGAGAGCGUGAUCACAUAGUCGUCCGGAGCAGCUGGUGCUCUCAUGCAUGCUUCAGUGUUGCUUGCCUCGAAGCGAGCAUAGAAGUGGUUUAGCUCGUCUGGUAGGCUUGUGUCACUGGGCAGCUCGCGGCUGUGCUUCCCUUUGUAGUCUGUAAUAGUUUUCAAGCCCUGCCACAUCCGACGAGCGUCAGAGCCAGUGUAGUAUGAUUCAAUCUUAGACCUGUAUUGACUCUUUGCCUGUUUGAUGGUUCGUCGGAGGUCAUAGCGGGAUUUCUUAUAAGCGUCCGGGUUAGAGUCCCGUUCCUUGAAAGCGGCAGCUCUACCCUUUAGCUCAGUGCGGAUGUUUCCUGUAAUCCAUGGCUUCUGGUUGGGGUAUGUACGUACGGUCACUGUGGGGAUGACAUCAUCGAUGCGCUUAUUGAUGAAGCCAGUGACUGAUGUGGUGUACUCCUCAAUGCUGUCUGAAGAAUCCCGGAACAUGUUCCAGUCUGUGCUAGCAAAACAGUCCUGUAGCUUAGCAUCUGCGUCAUCUGACCACUUUUUUAUUAGCCGAAUCACUGGUGCUUCCUGCUUCAGUUUUUGCUUAUAAGCAGGAAUCAGGAGGAUAGAGUUAUGGUCAGAUUUGCCAAAUGGAGGGCGAGGGAGAGCUUUGUAUGCGUCUCUGUGUGUGGAGUAAAGGUGGUCUAGAGUUUUUUCCCCUCUGGUUGCACAUUUAACAUGCUGGUAGAAAUGAGGUAGAACGGAUUUAAGUUUCCCUGCAUUAAAGUCCCCGGCUACUAGGAGCGCUGCAUCUGGAUGAGCGUUUUCCUGUUGAUUAAUGGCCUUGUACAACUCAUUCAGUGCAAUCUUAAUGCCAGCAUUGGUUUGUGGUGGUAAAUAGACAGCUAUGAAAAAUAUAGAUGAAAACUCUCUUGGUAAAUAGUGUGGUCUACAGCUUAUCAUAAGAUACUCUACUUCAGGCGAGCAAAACCUCGAGACUUCCUUAGUAUUUGAUUUUGUGCACCAGCUGUUGUUUACAAAUAUACACAGACCGCCGCCCCUUGUCUUACCAGAGUCAGACGUUCUGUCCUGCCGAUGUAGCGUAUAGCCUGCUAGCUGAAUGUUGUCAUUGUUGUCGUUCAGCCACGACUCCGUAAAACAUAAGAUAUUACAGUUUUUAAUGUCCCGUUGGUAGGAUAACCGUAAUCUUAAAUCGUCAAUUUUAUUCUCAAAAGAUUGAACGUUGGCUAAUAGGAUUGAUGGGAGAGGCAGUUUACUCGCUCGCCGUCGGAUCCUUACAAGGCACCCGGAUCUGCGUCCACGAUAUCUCCGUCUCUUCCUCACGCGAAUGACGGGGAUCUGGGCCUUGUUGGGUGUCUGUAGAAUAUCCUUCGCGAACGCCUCGUUGAAGAAAAAGUAUUCGUCCAAUGCGAGGUGAGUAAUCGCUGUCCUGAUAUCCAGAAGCUCUCUUUGGUUAUAAGAGACGAUGGCAGAAACAUUAUGUACAAAAUAAAUUACAAAUAACGCGGAAAAACACACAUAAUAGUACAAUUGGUUAGAGGGCUGUAAAACGGCAGCCAUCUUCUUCCGGCGCUGUUCUCGCUUACACUCAUAUCUCUAUUUUUUUACGUAAAUGCGAUGUUCUAAAAAGGUCCAGACACUUUUUUCUUUUUGCAAUUUAACUUGUUUUUGAGAAACUUGACCCAACCAGUGAUUCACUUCCUCAUCCUCGUUGUGCAGUACGGGGGCGCUGAAAAAACAUAAACAAAUGCUCAAAAAACACCCAAAUACGUCCUUUUAGAAAUUGAUAAUCUCUCAGUAUAGUGAUGCAGGUCUUUCGAUGUUGUCACAUCUUUUGUCACGGCAUAAGACAGUGUUCCAUUAUCCUGUUUAGCAACUUUAAAAAAAGUAAUAUAUACAGUGAGGGAAAAAAGUAUUUGAUCCCCUGCUGAUGUUGUACGUUUGCCCACUGACAAAGAAAUGAUCAGUCUAUAAUUUUAAUGGUAGGUUUAUUUGAACAGUGAGAGACAGAAUAACAACAAAAAAUUCCAAGAAAAACGCAUGUCAAAAAUGUUAUAAAUUGAUUUGCAUUUUAAUGAGGGAAAUAAGUAUUUGACCCCCUCUCAAUCAGAAAGAUUUCUGGCUCCCAGGUGUCUUUUAUACAGGUAACGAGCUGAGAUUAGGAGCACACUCUUAAAGGGAGUGCUCCUAAUCUCAGUUUGUUACCUGUAUAAAAGACACCUGUCCACAGAAGCAAUCAAUCAAUCAGAUUCCAAACUCUCCACCAUGGCCAAGACCAAAGAGCUCUCCAAGGAUGUCAGGGACAAGAUUGUAGACCUACACAAGGCUGGAAUGGGCUACAAGACCAUCGCCAAGCAGCUUGGUGAGAAGGUGACAACAGUUGGUGCGAUUAUUCGCAAAUGGAAGAAACACAAAAUAACUGUCAAUCUCCCUCGGCCUGGGGCUCCAUGCAAGAUCUCACCUCGUGGAGUUGCAAUGAUCAUGAGAACGGUGAGGAAUCAGCCCAGAACUACACGGGAGGAUCUUGUCAAUGAUCUCAAGGCAGCUGAGACCAUAGUCACCAAGAAAACAAUUGGUAACACACUAUGCCGUGAAGGACUGAAAUCCUACAGCGCCCGCAAGGUCCCCCUGCUCAAGAAAGCACAUAUACAUGCCCGUCUGAAGUUUGCCAAUGAACAUCUGAAUGAUUCAGAGGAGAACUGGGUGAAAGUGUUGUGGUCAGAUGAGACCAAAAUCAAGCUCUUUGGCAUCAACUCAACUCGCCGUGUUUGGAGGAGGAGGAAUGCUGCCUAUGACCCCAAGAACACCAUCCCCACCGUCAAACAUGGAGGUGGAAACAUUAUGCUUUGGGGGUGUUUUUCUGCUAAGGGGACAGGACAACUUCACCGCAUCAAAGGGACGAUGGACGGGGCCAUGUACCGUCAAAUCUUGGGUGAGAACCUCCUUUCCUCAGCCAGGGCAUUGAAAAUGGGUCAUGGGUGGGUAUUCCAGCAUGACAAUGACCCAAAACACACGGCCAAGGCAACAAAGGACUGGCUCAAGAAGAAGUACAUUAAGGUCCUGGAGUGGCCUAGCCAGUCUCCAGACCUUAAUACCAUAGAAAAUCUGUGGAGGGAGCUGAAGGUUCGAGUUGCCAAACGUCAGCCUCGAAACCUUAAUGACUUGGAGAAGAUCUGCAAAGAGGAGUGGGACAAAAUCCCUCCUGAGAUGUGUGCAAACCUGGUGGCCAACUACAAGAAACGUCUGACCUCUGUGAUUGCCAACAAGGGUUGUGUUUUGCAGAGGGGUCAAAUACUUAUUUCCCUCAUUAAAAUGCAAAUCAAUUUAUAACAUUUUUGACAUGCGUUUUUCUGGAUUUUUUUGUUGUUAUUCUGUCUCUCACUGUUCAAAUAAACCUACCAUUAAAAUUAUAGACUGAUCAUGUCUUUGUCAGUGGGCAAACGUACAAAAUCAGCAGGGGAUCAAAUACUUUUUUCCCUCACUGUAAAGGCUCGCUCAUGCAACUUCAGCAUGAGUAUGCAACUUCAGCAUGAGUUUUACAUUCUUUUUUUUCUUGAACUAUUUUCUUACAAAUACACUAUUGAAUCACCCUGCCCACUACACCUUGGGCUGCUAAAUUCCUUCAACACAGGUUAAAAAGCCUUUAUCUCUAUUUGAUGUGAAUGUGUUUGUACAAGCCCCACAUUAGUGGUCUGCUUGCUAACUGCCCAUGAUGUCCUAAAUCUGUGAAGCCGACUUAACCCAGGGGAAAUACCAGUGUAAGUGGGGAAUUGUAGCUAUAGCUGUAGCAUUCCUCAUUACUGCCUCUCUGUCGCACAUACUGAAGAGCACGCGCCCUGAAGCACAAACACAGCAUUUUCCCUCUGCUGAGAUAAUGUCUCACAUCAGAUUAAAAAAACACACAAAACAUUUUUACUUUAAUGUGAAAUAUCAGCAUAACACAAGGGAUGACAUUAUUCAUUGGCCUCUAAAAGCAGAAGUUAUUAUUAAUUUUUUAUAAUGCUUUGUUUUUCUUUGUAGCCAUCCUACCCUUUGGAGGCCAGAGUAUGGCAGCUACAUGAUCGAAGGGACUCCGGGGCAGCCCUACGGUGGGACGAUGUCAGAGUUCAACACAGUGGAGGACAACAUGGGGAAGAGGAGGCGAGAGGCCUCAUCUGUGCUGAAUAAGAAUGAAACCCUUGCCACCAUCACUUCAUUCCCAAGGUAGUUUAGUAUCUAUUCUGUCACUCACUCAACCAUUUGAAACUUUGUUCAUUUCAUUUUAUAGUACCUUAACAUUAUUGUUAUUCUUGUAACAAUGGUUUUAGGUUAGGUUGUCCAGGCUUCACCCAGCCAGAGUACAACCCAACACCUGUUGAAAAAGGAGUGUCCAAAUCACUGUUCUUCCCAGAUGAAGCCAUAAACAGACACCCAAGAUUCAGGUAGGCUUCAAUAGAUGUUGCCAUGUCACUACUUUUGUCACACUUACACUACAUGACCAAAAGUAUGUGGACACCUGCUCAUCGAACAUCUCAUUCCAAAAUUAUGGGCAUUAAUAUGGAGUUGGACCCCCCUUUGCUGCUGUAACAGCCUCCACUUUUCUGGGAAGGCUUUCCAAUAGAUGUUGGAACAUUGCUGCGGGGACUUGCUUCCAUUCAACAACGAGCAUUAGUGAGGUCGGGCACUGAUUAGGCCUGGCUCGCAGUCGGCGUUCCAAUCCAUCCCAAAGGUGUUCGAUUGGGUUGAGAUCAGGGCUCUGUGCAGGCCAGUCAAGUUCUUCCACACCGAUCUCGACAAACCAUUUCUGUAUGGACCUCGUUUUGUGCACGGGGGCUAAAACUGCCACAAAGUUGGAAGCACAGAAUCGUCUAGAAUGUCAUUGUAUGCUGUAGUAUUACGAUUUCCCUUCACUGGAACUAAGGGGCCUUGCGUGAACCAUGAAAAACAGCCCCAGACCAUUAUUCCUCCUCCACCAAACUUUACAGUUGGCACUAUGCAUUGGGGCAGGGAGCGUUCUCCUGGCAUCCGCCAAACCCAGAUUUGUCCAUCGGACUGCCAGAUGGUGAAUCGUGAUUCACCACUCCAGCCAACGCUUGGCAUUGCGCAUGGUGAUCUUAGGCUUGUGUGCGGCUGCUCGGCCAUGGAAACCCAUUUCAUGAAGCUCCCUGACGUUGCUUCCAGAGGCAGUUUGGAACUCGGUAGUGAGUGUUGCAACCGAGGACAGACGAUUUUUACGCGCUUCGGCACUCGGCGGUCCCGUCCUGUGAGCUUGUGUGCCCUACCACUUCGCGGCUGAGCUGUUGUUGCUCCUAGGCCAGGGGUGUCAAACAUACGGCCCGCGUGCCGGAUCAGGCCUGCAAACGGGUUUAAUCCGGCCCGCGAGAUUAUUUUGAAAAAAAAAAAUAUAUAUAUAUAUUUAUUUUUUUUGAAAAAUGCGCUGCAAUUUUUCAAUAAAAUAAACUGCUGUUCCAAUUGCGUCCACUGGAUGGCGCAAUAGCAAUUGUGUUAAGCAAGCAAACUGUUUAUACCGGGGCAGAGCAAGUAGGUCACCCUGCCCACUACACCUUGGGCUGCUAAAUUCCUUCAACACAGGUUAAAAAGCCUUUAUCUCUAUUUGAUGUGAAUGUGUUUGUACAAGCCCCACAUUAGUGGUCUGCUUGCUAACUGCCCAUGAUGUCCUAAAUCUGUGAAGCUGGCCUCCCUGCAUGUGCCAUUAAACCCCUACAACUCAUCCAGAAUGCCGCAGCCCGUCUGGUGUUCAACCUUCCCAAGUUCUCUCACGUCACCCCCCUCCUCCGCACACUCCACUGGCUUCCAGUUGAAGCUCGCAUCCGUUACAAGACCAUGGUGCUUGCCUUUGGAGCAGCGAGGGGAACGGCACCUCUGUACCUUCGGGCUCUGAUCAGUCCCUACACCCAAACGAGGGCAUUGCGUUCAUCCACCUCUGGCCUGCUGGCUCCCCUUCCUCUGCGGAAGCAUAGUUCCCGCUCAGCCCAGUCAAAACUGUUCGCUGCUCUGGCACCCCAAUGGUGGAACAAGCUCCCUCACGACGCCAGGACAGCAGAGUCACUCACCACCUUCCGGAGACAUUUGAAACCCCACCUCUUUAAGGAAUACCUGGGAUAGGAUAAAGUAAUCCUUCUACCCCUUGUGCCCUUGAGCAAGGCACUUAACCCUAAUUGCUCCUGUAAGUCGCUCUGGAUAAGAGCGGCUGCUAAAUGACUAAAAUGUAAAUGUAGGUCAAGCACGUGCAGCCAAUGAGCUACUUUGUUUUGCCCGCGAUAUUUAUUACGGCUUCUACUUUUAACAUUAUGUGCUUUGGCACCCUCAUUGCCCCAAUAUGUCUCUGUCAAAAAAGAGAAAAGUGGACGCAGAGUGCAGAGUGUUCCAAGAAAAAUUGUCAUCCUAUUUAUGCUGAAAGAAUAUAACCUUCGUCGCCACUAUGUGAGUCUUCAUGCCGACAAAUAUGACAACUUUCAAGGACAGCGGAGAUGAGAGAAGGUGAAUGAACUGUUGGCGGGUCUGAAGAAACAGCAGUCUGUGUUUACUCACAGCCGAGACAUCAGUGACGCUGCAGUGAAAGCUAGCUACCUCAUUGCUAAUGAAAUCGCAGUGGCUUCAAAACCAUUUAGUUAGGGUGAAUUUGUAAAAACAUGCAUGAUGAAGGCAGCGGAGAUUGUGUGCCCUGAAAAGCGGCAGGCUUUUGCAAAUAUCAGUCUGACAAGAAACACAGUUGCAGACAGGAUUUCCGAUCUUUCAGUGGAUUUGGACAGCCAGUUGAAGCAAAAAGUAAAGUCAUUUAUUGCGUUUUCGGUUGCAAUUGAUGAAAGCACGGACAUUACAGAUGCUGCACAACUGGCCAUUUUUUCAUCCGUGGAGUUGAUGACACAUUGACCAUCACCGAGGAGUUCGUGGAGUUGGUGCCGAUGACAGAUACAACGACAGCAGCUGAUAUUUUUACCGCACUCGUCGGCGCGCUGGACAGGGUCGGAGUGGACUGGUCCCGCGCUGUCAGCCUGGCUACAGAUGGUGCGCCCUCAAUGAUCGGGAAAAAAGCAGGCGUUAGUGACAAAGUUCAGAGAGAAAGUGCAAUCUGCAAAUGGAGGACGUGAUUUUUUGACUUUUCACUGUAUUUUGCACCAGGAGGCUUUGUGUUGCAAGUCAUUAAAGAUGGAUAACGUCAUGAAGGUGGUCAUCCAAACUGUUCAUUUCAUCCGAUCCAGAAGCCUGAAUCACCGUCAGUUUGACAGCCUUCUCAGAGAGAAAGACCACAUCUAUGGCCUGCCAUACCACACUGAGGUAAGAUGGUUAAGCCGAGGUGCUGUGCUGAGGCGUUUCUUUGAUUUACGAGAAGAAAUUGAACAGUUCAUGGAAGAAAAGGGCAAACCAGUGUUAGAAUUUCAUUCCGCAGAAUGGAUGCAGGACCUUGCAUUUAUGGUGGAUGUUACAGAGCACCUGAAUAACUUGAACAAACAGCUGCAAGGGCGCAACAAAGUUGUCAAGCAGUAUUAUGACAGCAUACGUUCUUUCAAGUUGAAGCUGUCAUUGUGGGAGACGCAACUUGCCGGUGGUGAUGCAGCUCACUUCCCCUGUCUGAAAAAUGUGUGCGCGACCCAACAUGUGGCAGACAUGAAGCGGUUCAAAGAUAAAAUAACUGGACUGUUACGGGAGUUUGAGCAACGCUUUCAGAUUUAUGUUUAUAUGUUUUAUGUUGAUGUGCUAUUGUUUUUAAUUGAUUUUAUUUUAUUUGUAUAUUUAACCUAUUCUUGACUCUGUGGUUCUUGCACUUGUGUGGGGAACAGGAUUUCAUUAUGCGUGCAUACAUUUUCUUUGUGUAUGGGUGGUCCCGGGGAUCGAACCCACUACCUUGGCGUUACAAGCGCCGUGCUCUACCAGCUGAGCUACAGAGGACCACAAGGACCAUGUUGUAUGUUGAUCGUAUUAAAACAAAGAAAACAAUCUGAAGUUGUUGUUUUUAAGUUAUAUAUACCAUGAUUUUUCCAGUCCGGCCCACUUGGGAAUAGAUUUUCCUCCAUGUGGCCCCUGAGCUAAAAUGAGUUUGACACCCCUGUCCUAGACGUUUCCACUUCACAAUAACAGCAUUUACAGUUGACUAGGGCAGAAAUUUGACAAACUGACUUGUUGGAAAGGUGGCAUCCUAUGACGGUGCCACGAUGAAAUUCACUGAGCUCUUCAGUAAGGCCAUUCUAUUGCCAAUGUUUGUCUAUGGAGAGUGCAUGGCUGUGUGCUCAAUUUUAUACACCUGUCAGCAAUGGGUGUGGCUGAAAUAGCCAAAUCCAUUAAUUUGAAGGGGUGUCCCCAUACUUUUGUGAAUAUAUAGUGUAUUUGCAGUAUGUUGUCUUACUGCAAUGAAAUGCCAACUUUGAGCUCUUCAUUUGCUUUCCCUUGAAUAAAGUAUGUUGUGAAUGUUUUUUUCAGCACCCUGACCAGAAACAUUCGUCACAGAAGAGGAGAGAAGGUAGUGAUCAACGUACCCAGUAAGUGUAAAUCAAAACAGGUCUCCACCAUUUGAACUUAAUAAUUACACCACUCGGUCAAAUACAUUGUCAUUUUUUAUUUUCACUGGUCAAAUUUAGGCUAUGUUUGCCUAAAUACAAAUUAUGAGUUGAAACGGCUUGCUUAUCGGUAUCUAUUUUCCACUGUGCUUCUUUCUCCUUGUUAGUCUUUAAAGACAAGUGCACUCCAUCUCCAUUUGUUGAGAAGUUUCCAGAGGAUGAUGGGGAGGCCGCCAGGGCAGCUCUCCCUGAUCACAUCUACAUGGAUGCCAUGGGCUUUGGAAUGGGCAACUGCUGUCUUCAGGUAUAUGCAACACAUUAUACUAAUAUUAACAUUGUAUACUGUCGUUAUUUGUUUGUCUUUGGAUGUUCCUUUUUUGUCACACAUCAUAAAUUACAUGUUCAUAUACUAGACUAGAGAAUAUUUUUUAAAGGUUGUGGGCAUGUUUAUAUAAACCUGUUGAUUUAAUCCUUAAAUUAACUUGAACCUUUUUUAUGUUUUUCCAGGUGACAUUCCAAGCUUGCAGCAUUGAAGAGGCGAGGUACCUUUAUGACCAACUAGCAACAUUCUGCCCCAUAGUGGUAAGAUAUGCUUAGAAAAUAUACAAAAGAAAUUGCAUCAAGUAGUAAUUUUUUUAAUCAAAGGUGUCGUAAACAGCUUUGUCUAAGCACAUCUUUGAAUCAUUACAGUAUUCAAUAACGCUUUUUGUGUGGUGGAAACUGGAAAGCUAACUGUUGAUCUGUUUACAGAUGGCCCUCAGUGCUGCUUCGCCGUUCUACAGAGGCUAUGUGUCAGACAUUGAUUGUCGCUGGGGAGUUAUUUCUGCCUCGGUGGAUGACAGGACCAGGGAAGAGAGGGGGCUGGAGGUGAGCAGAUGAAUCAGGAAAAACUGGCCCCUAAUUAAAGAAACAUGACCCAGCCAAAUAAGGCCCACUCGCUUGUCGCUAGUUGCUUCAGGGGGUUCUGUCCGGCUCAGACCGUGUCAGGCUCAGACAGGCAUUAUGAGUUUCUCUGUUGAUUUCCUGGUGUUCAAUUGUAAUGUUAGUCAGAGCAGGUUUUCAGUUAUUUGUCUUCUUUGUUUCUUGAAUUGUCAAAGAUAAGAGGAUUUUCAUACUUUUCAUAUAUUCAUGGCCUUCUAAUGUGCAUGAAAAUGUGUUUUCUUUGCAGCCUUUGAAAAGCAACAAAUUUCGAAUCUUGAAAUCAAGAUAUGAUUCAAUCGACAGCUACCUCUCCAGUUGUGGCGAUAAGUACAAUGACAUAGAUCUGACAAUUGACGAGGAUAUAAACCAACAGUUGCUGGAUGCAGGUAAACACUGUAACAAAUACAUUAGUAAUAGAACAUGGUGAAGGAUAAGUGAAUGGGGAAAAAUAUCAUUUUCAAAUGAAUAGUAAAAUAAUCGUACAAAAAAAAGUUUGUAUUUAAGCAAUGAAGCUGGCUGUACAACCGUGUUAAAAAUAUAUAUAUAUAUAUAUAUAUAUAUAUAUUAGAUUUGUAUUAAUGUUUCAAUCAUAAAAUCUUCUAUAGAGAAGUGAUCAGAAUCUGUGUUUGUAGGGAUCGACAAACUGCUGGCCCAACACAUAGCCCAUCUCUUCAUCCGGGAUCCACUGUCACUCUUUGAGGAGAAAAUUCACCUGGAUGAUGAAAAGGAGUCUGAUCACUUUGAGGUUAAAAUUAUACUAUACUAUACUGACUUAUGGGUGGCUACAUUACGGCUUGAAAACCAGACCAAUGCUUGUGACAGAUUUUAAAAGGAGGAAUUUUAGUUUAUAUAAUCAAAAUAUUUUCUAUGUCACAUCUCUCUUGUAGAAUCUGCAGUCAACCAACUGGCAGACAAUGAGGUUCAAACCUCCUCCUCCAAACUCGGACAUCGGAUGGCGAGUUGAGUUCCGCCCCAUGGAGGUAGCAGAAGCCUUACAACUCUAUUGACACAAGAUUGAAUUUAAUUUGGAUAUUUACCUGAAACACACUCAGUGGCAAUAUAUGUAUGUCUGCUAAAUAGUGUUACAUGAACUAAAGAUUGUUUAAGUCACAAUACUUGAAACAGGAUUUACAUGUACUGUGUCUUAACCUAUUUUUUUACAAUGUUAGUAGUGUAGAAAUAUUCAGUGCAUGUUUUCUUUUGUUCAAGGUGCAACUUACCGAUUUUGAAAACUCUGCUUACGUUGUUUUCAUCGUCCUGCUCACCAGGGUUAUACUGUCCUAUAAACUGGACUUUCUCAUCCCUUUGUCAAAGGUGAAAAUGUUGUUGUUCUUCUGAUACACUUUUCAUUUGCUGAAUUUUAUGAAAUUCAAUUAAGUUAGACUGGUUGUUUUUGUGGAGAUCCCAGUACACUCAAUUUCGAGUCUCAUAACAAAGGGUCUGAAAAACGUAUGUAAAUAAGGUAUUUCUGUUUUCUAAAAAUCUGUUUUCGCUUUGUCAUUAUGGGGUAUUGUGUGUAGAUUGAUGAGGAAAAACAUUUAUUUAAUCAAUUUUAGAAUAAGGCUGUAACGUAACAAAAUGUGGAAAAAUGGAAGGGGUCUGAAUACUUUCCGAAUGCCCUGUAUAGGGCCAUGAUAUUACACCAUUUGUUUUGUGUGUUUUGUCUUGUCUUUCAACAGGUUGACGAAAACAUGAAAGUGGCCCAGGAAAGAAAUGCAGUCCAAGAGGGCAUGUUUUACUUCCGAAAGGACAUCUAUAAAGGUGAGAUGAUAGAAGUCCAGUGUUUUGAAACCUGGUUGGGGCGCGUUUUGUCAAAAUGCCUGAACAGUUUAAUGCUUCCUCUUCUCUUGUGUCAUAGGCUGCAACCCUGUCCUCGAUAGCUCCUCAACGGCCCAGAACGGCUUGGAAAGUGAGGGUGACAAUGAGUACAUACUGAUGAGCAUUGACACAAUCAUCAAUGGAAAGGUGCUUAUUAAUAAUAGUUCUAAUUUAAUAUAGCCCUUUACUGCGAAUCAGGUUUGAGGAGUUGGUGAGGUAACUUUGGUCAACUCUUGAGUUCAAAUUUGGAUAACCGGUACCACGAAAGUGGCUUACCUUUUAGCGAGGUACAUUUCUAUGGCAAUGAAUCCUUCAGAACUAAACUGCUCCGACCAGGCUAACUCAGGGAUAACUCAAUUCAUCCUGAAUGAAGUGUCUGAGCCACGAGUUGAAGACGAAUGAAAUCAGAUACAAUCUUUGCGAGAGGGAGGGUAUCAUCCCCUUCAUUUGAGGAAAACAACAGAUUAAAUAUUUUAUUAAUUAAAUGUAUUUUUGUGAAAAAUAAUAAUAAAGUAAUGUUAAAAUACCUAUCAUAUUACACAUUUAGUAAUGAUAGCAUUUGGUUACCAAACUGUACAUUUUUCACGCAAUUGUAUUUUGAAAUUCGCUAAAGGUAAACUGACAGCCCAACCAACCAUACAUAAGACAUACACUAUAUAUACAAAAGUAUGGGGACACCACUUCAAAUGAAUGGAUUUGGCUAGUUCAGCCUCACCCGUUGCUGACAGGUGGAUAAAAUCGAGCACACAGCCAUGCAAUCUCCAUAGACAAACAUUGGCAGUAGAAUGGCCUUACUGAAGAACUCUGUGACUUUCAACGUGGCACCGUCAUAGGAUGCCACCUUCCAACAAGUCAGUUCGUCAAAUUUCUGCCUUGCUAGAGCUGCCCCGGUCAACUGUAAGUGCUGUUAUUGUGCAGUGGAAACAUCUAGGAGCAACAACAGCUCAGCCGCCAAGUGGUAGGCCACACAAGCUCAAAGAACGGGACCGCCGAGUGCUUAAGCGCGUAUCGUGUUAAAAUCGUCUGUCCUCGGUCGCAACACUCACUACCGAUUUCCAAACUGCCUCUGGAAGCAACGUCAGCACAAUAACUGUUUGUUGGGAGCUUCAUGAAAUGGGUUUCCAUCGCCAAGCAGCGGCACACAAGCCUAAGAUCACCAUGCGCAAUGCCAAGCGUUGGCUGGAGUGGUGUAAAGCUUGCCGCCAUUGGACUCUGGAGCAGUGGAAACGCGUUCUCUGGAGUGAUGAGUCACGCUUCACCAUCUGGCAUUCCGACGGACAAAUCUGGGUUUGGUGGAUGCCAGGAGAACGCUACCUGUCCAAAUGCAUGGUGCCAACUGUAAAGUUUGGUGGAGAAGGAAUAAUAGUUUGGGGCUGUUAAUUCAUGGUUCGGGCUGGGCCCCUUAGUUCCAGUGAAGGGAAAUCUUAAUGCUACAGCAUACAAUUACAUUCUAGACGAUUCUGUGCUUCCAACUUUGUGGCAAUAGUUUGGGGAAGGCCCUUUCCUGUUUCAGCAUGACAAUGCCCCCAUGCACAAAGCGAGGUCCAUACAGAAAUGGUUUGUCGAGAUCGGUGUGGAAGAACUUGACUGGCCUGCACAGAGCCCUGACCUCAACCCCAUCGAACACCUUUGGGAUGAAUUGGAACGCCGACUGCGAGCCAGGCCUAAUCGCCCAACAUCAGUGCAGACCUCACUAAUGCUCUUGUGGCUGAAUGGAAGCAAGUCCCAGCAUGAAUGUUCCGACAUCUAGUAGAAAGCCUUCCCAGAAGAGUGGAGGCUGUUAUAGCAGCAAAGGGGGGACCAACUCAAUAUUAAUGCCCAUGAUUUUGGAAUUAGAUGUUCGAGCAGGUGUCCACAUAUACAUUUGGUCAUGUAGUGUAUAAUCCAUAAUGGCCGUUCCUGUUCAAUUCAAGACUGGCAGCCAUUGCUAGUGUACCCAUGAGUUUAACAGUCAAAUUGCCAGGGUGGUUAGAGGUUCCAAACCUUCUAUGGAUUAUAUGUCUAUGACAUCAAUGCAACAAGCUGUUCCACAGAUAGGAGUGAUAUUAAUUGGAAAAAGGUGAUCAUGCAUUGAUAAGCACACCAAAGACGACAAUAACGAUAAGUAAUAAAAUAAAGACUGCACUUCUAAAAGCCUAUUUCACACCAUAGCCUGCUGAAUUUGCAAGAUAACUGUUCUUUCAUUUUGAUUUCGGCACAAAUGAAAAUGGCACCAACUCGCCCAUGUUUCAGUAAUGUCUCAAUGAAGAGGUCUGCGUUCGCCUACCAUGUGCGACAUACAUGCGCAGUUACAAGCCUGCUAGAGUUAGCUGCAGGCGGAUGCAGGGUUGCCAGGUCUAGCUAAAAUUUCUAGCCAAAUGACCACUCAAAACCCGCCCACGCCUGAAAACUUCCCAAUUGUUUAUAUCUCGCAGCAACAGAGUUGCCACAUUUAUCCAAUAGGUGUCUCCAUAAUGACAGUCAAAAUACACUGGUCAAAUUGUUUUACCUUGUUUUCUGCAUUUCUCCCUUUUUGUUAUUCGUUCAUCACACAAAAUGAUUUAUUCUGAACCAGAAGUGAUAGUGAAUGUGAAUGGUUAAGAUGUGUGAAAUGGUGUUAAUACAAGUCACAUUGCUCUAAAACAAUAGUGUUUUCAACUGGAGUAUAAAAAUCAAAAGCCCCAACCAUUUCCUUUUUGGCUUCUAUUUAAUAAAGAAAAAGUCAAUUCAUGUGUGGUUGCAGCCUGAUGUCCCAGUCAUCCAUCCCUCUGGAGCAAGAUGGAUAUGAAAAAGAGAGAGGAGAUCCAUCAUGAGUCUAGUACAUUGAGUUUUAUUCUACAAUCAAUCAAUCACUGCUAUUAUAAUUUUAUAGUGCGUAAUGGAGUUAAUCAGUUCCCCUCUGUCCUCACCUCUGCGCUGCUGUGCAACACUUUCUCUCCUCUGACUUCAACUUUCUGGCCAAUGUUAGCUAGCUAGCUUGCUACUACAUACAGGACUCCAGACUAACUUUUUCUUUACCAUCCCAGAAUCUUCCCGAGGUGCAAUUUAAACCAUCCCAAAAAUGUAAAUAUAUUGUAUAUUUUAUUUGUUUUGAUAUGCCAACAUGGCUAUAGUCAUAGGACCUAGGUCAUUCACAGUGAAAAGCUAAUAAGAGUAGCCUAUUACUGAUAGAUAAAUGCGUCUGUCAAGUGAGCCAGAAAAAAAUAGAAUCUAAAAAGGCCAACAUUUGGAAUAAUUAGCCUACAUGUAAAAGUGUAGCCUAGGUUAUAUGCAUAUUGGCUACAGCCUCAUGUCCACACUGAUCCUGAUAUCGAGGUGCCAGAAAAUGUAGCUAAACUUUAGUGAGACUUUGAAUUACAUAAAUAAAGGUUAAACGCCAGUCAUGUUUGACUGGAUCAUUAACAUCUAAAGGCUUGAUUCUGUUGACAUACUCUAGGCACGAUUCGUAAGAUCAAAUGGGCACGAGCGGAGAGAAAGGCCAGUGCCUGUUGCGCAACGCACACAUUACCCACCUUGCAAUCUGAGCGGAGGCAAUCAGCAUUUUGAAACUAUUUAACCAUAAACUUUAUUUAAAACCUGGAGGUUAUAUAUUAUUUUAUAAGGCUAAAAUCAGACCAUAUGUUGAGGGAAUUAUUUUAUAAACACUUUAAAAAAUAUGCCAUUGAAACAAGUAUUUUCUAUUGUUCUAAUGGUUUUUCUUUCCUUGUCCACCAGGCAAAAGCACAAUCCUACUCAUAUUAGAAACCCAUGCUAGUUGUUGCAUCUUUAGAUCUCCCCUCUUUCUAAAUGUAUAACAUAUUUUCAUCUCUGUCACAUGAAAACGCUUGCAUUGUGCCCUGUGCUUUUUAGAACAGUGUGUUCCCGCUAAUUGCAUUUUGGAACAUUCUCCCGUAGCCCACUGCUGUGUGUGCAUUGCUGCACUUAUAAUGUGAAGAAAUAAUAUUUUAUCAACAUUUUAGGAUAAACGUUGUGAUCUGUUGCAUUAGCAUCAUUGCUUUUAAAUAUUUUUUGAUGUACAGUAUUGUAUGAAUUUUGGAUCUAUCAUCCCAGAACUGUCCCAGAAUCUGUUUAAACAGUCCCAGACAUAUUUUUUUUGCGUCCCCGGGAUGACGGGACAACCUUAAUUUAAAGCCCCAGCUACAUACCCAGCGAAAAAGCACAUUCUUCGAUCCCCUCUCCCUCUCUCUGAAACUGUUGGAUGAUUAUUUCUCGGUUUCUCUCCCUUGCUGUGUUGGCUCUAGUAGGCUAAUGAUUGGUAGGACUGGGGGCGGUCAGGAUACAACGAACGAGGCAAACAAGAAUUAUAGGGGGAGUAGUAUCUAGCUAGCUAGUGGUAAUUAAUGGGUUAGUAGUUUUCACGUCACUUGUCAUGACUGCCUACCUCCCCACCACUCACUGCCUGAUAGUCAGCAGUAGCAGGUCACAGUGAAAUAAAAAUAAUAAUAAUUAAAGAAAAAUGCCAUGGCAGAUGCGGUGCAAUUUAGAAGUAGGCCAAAAACCAGCAACCUCCGACCAAUACAUUUUCAACCGCGACAUCGUUUUCAAAGUAGCCCAAUUUUGCGGGAAAACCGCAGACAUGGCGACCCUGGGUGGACAACAAUAUCCACCUUCGUAGUACGGAUGAAGCCUGACCUGGAAUGUGAAGCUGGCUAACUUUCUAAAAGCCUGAGUAGAUCUAGCUUGCUUCAUAGUAUAACACUCUGCACUCUUGAGUUUCAACUAUAACAGUUGUUGUUUCUUAUAAUUUAGGAAGGAGUUUUUCAAGGGCUGAUACCAAUCCUCAACUGCUACCUGGAAAACAUGGAGGUGGACGUCGAUACAAGAUGCACCAUCCUGAACUACCUGAAGCUCAUCAAGAGACGCGCCUCAGGUACAGUAUAUUUAGCAAAUAGACAAUGACAAUUUGACACUGGGUUGGGUAACAUGUUUUUGUGGGGUAUUGUUGUGGCACAUGGGAUUUCCACAUCAUUGGUGGAGCUUAGUAAAAGCAUGCAGUAUUCCAAUAGUGGAAGGCACAUUUUGCUCCCUGACACUGUCGACAAGGUUUGGUAGCUCUUAGUUUUUUACAGUGUUGAAUCUGAACUGAAGCCACAUGAAAAUGUAUAGGAUUAUAAAUGCCAAACAUUAACUUGUUUAUUUUUGGUGUAUAUGUUAGUAGUGUAACAUCUUAAUUAUCAAAACCCCAAAAGGGCAUGAUUUUGCUAACUUUAUCCUUGUUGCUGAUGUAGGUGAACUGAUGACCAUGGCAAAGUGGAUGAGGGAGUUUGUCGACAAGCACACCCAAUACAAGCAAGACAGCGUCAUAACUGACAAAAUCAACUACGACCUACUCCGCAAGUGUGACAGCAUCGCAAAAGGAGAGGAGCGAUGCCCAGAACUCAUUGGAGACCCAGUCAAUCGGGCCAAAUAAACCCAUUGUUAAAGCUUUAAUCAAUGAAUGAAUGUGUUGUCCAUCAUCAAUGAUACACAUAAGCGUAAAAAGAAAGGCCAAAUAUCUGACUGAACAAAGAAGUACUACACUAAACAAAAAUAUAAACGCAGCAUGUAAAGUGUUGGUCCCAUGUU